UUUAAGUGUUUAAAAAGUCUUUUCAUAUACAUUUGCAACUACUUUAUUACGUAGGUCUAUUGGCAGUUCUUUUGUCUUCCAUAUCCUGUUGCCUCCUUAGCUGAGAAUCUCACUGACUUUUAAAAGGAGUUAAAAAGGAGUUAAACAACUAUAUGAUUUCAAGUGCAGCUUGACUGGAUUGUGUCCCAAACCACAUCAUGUAGCUGACUUCACCAUCCUCAUCAUGUAAUAGAAAGAAAAAAAUUAAGAAUUGUAACAAAAAAAAAAGAAACAAAUAAAACAGAGCAGUGGCCACUUGAUGUUUUUGUCAUGAUGAGCGCUUCCAAGCCAGACAUCCUGUGGUCCCCGCAUCAUGCCGAUCGCUUCGUUAUCUGCGACUCGGAGCUGAGUUUGUACCGGAUCGGCGCUGUCGGGACAUCAGAGGCCAAAGCUGGGGCGCUCCCGUUAUCCGAAGAGACGGCAGCGACGCUGCUGGCCAUUAACUCCGACACACCGUAUAUGAAAUGCGUAGCCUGGUACCCGAAACACGAGCCGGAGUGUUUGCUCGCCGUGGGCCAGGCUAACGGCCGGGUGGUGCUCACGAGCCUCGGACAGAGCCACAACUCCAAAUGCAAGGACCUGAUGGGGAAGGAGUUUGUUCCUAAGCAUGCGAGGCAGUGCAAUACGUUGGCGUGGAACCCGGUGGACAGCAACUGGCUCGCCGCGGGGCUGGAUAAGCAUCGAGCGGAUUUCUCCGUUCUGAUCUGGGACAUCAGUAGUAAGUAUUCUCCCGAGGCCAUACCAGCCGAGAAGCUCCGUCUUUCCGGAGAUGCCGAUUCUGGUAUGGUUGUGACAAAGCCUCUAUAUGAGCUCGGACAAAACGACGCAUGUCUGUCCGUUUGCUGGCUGCCGCGUGACCAUCCGAAGCUUCUGCUCGCCGGAAUGCAUCGCAAUUUAGCCAUUUUUGACUUGCGCAACACCAGCCAGAAGACCUUCGUGAACACUAAAGCCGUACAGGGCGUCGCGGUGGAUCCACACUUCCCUGAGCGCGUGGCAUCCUUCUUCGAGGGCCAGGUGGCCAUCUGGGACCUGCGCCGCUUUGAGAAGCCGGCAUUCACACUCCCCGACCAAGCCAAACCGCUCACCAAGGUGGCAUGGUGCCCAACACGCACCGGUCUACUGGCUACUCUGACACGCGACGCUAACGUUGUGCGCCUGUAUGACAUGCAGCACACACCCACGGGGCCCGUCGGCUCAGACGAAAGCGAGCCCACCGUGAUCGAACGCAGCGUGCAACCAGGCAGUGGCGCCGACAGCGUCAUCAGCAGCUUCGCCUGGCACCCGUCCGCCCAAAACCGCAUGGUGGUGGUAGCACCCAAUCGCGCCAUGAGCGACUUUACCGUGUUCGAACGCAUCUCACUGGCAUGGAGUUCCACCACUGAUCUUGUCUGGGCGUGCGGACGUCACUUAUACGAGUGCGCUGAAGAUGUCGGAGAUGGCGAGAAGGACAUCGCCACUAAAAUGAGGGAGCGUGCUCAGUCGCGCUACGGCCACGACACCGUCCAGGUAUGGAGGAACCAUGUGCUGGCGGGUGAGAACGACCCACAGAUCAGGUCCCUCUGGUACACCUUGCAUUUUAUGCAGCAGUACACCGAGGACAUGGAGCAGCGACAGCAGGGAAAUAAGCAGUCUCUGAUCUAUUCAGGCAUCAAGAAUAUCGUCAAAUCCUGCUCUGGCACUGCGGAGUUGCGGCACUGCUGGAAGGGCUCGGAGAAGCCGACAGAUGUGGCACAGUAUCACAGUGAGGAGCGCAGCCUGGCCCUGCAGCUGUGCGGAUGGAUCAGUCGAGGGCCGGAAGUUGACGUCGAGCCGUUCCUCAGGUCUCUGGAGCAGGAGGGGGAUUGGGAGCGAGCAGCGUCCGUGGCCCUCUUUAACCUCGAUAUCCGCCGGGCCAUCCAGAUCCUCCAGAAAGGAGCCUCGGCGGAGAAAGCUGACCUGAACUUAAACGUGGUGGCCAUGGCUCUGUCGGGAUACACGGAUGAGAAAGCGUCCCUGUGGAGGGAGAUGUGCAGCACGCUGAGACUGCAGCUGAAGAAGCCAUACUUGUGUGCCAUGUUCGCCUUCCUCACCAGUGAACCAGGGACAUACGACGCAGUGCUGAGCGAGAGUCGUGUGGCUGUGAGAGACCGAGUCGCCUUCGCCUGUAUGUUCCUCAAUGACAAUCAGUUGUCCCGAUACAUCGAUAAGCUGACCAAUGAGAUGAAGGAGGCGGGGAAUCUGGAGGGCAUCCUGCUGACGGGGCUGACGAAGGAUGGCGUGGAUCUGAUGGAGAGCUACGUGGAUCGCACGGGAGACGUGCAGACUGCCAGUUUCUGCAUGCUCAGGGGCUCGAGUGCUGAAGUAGUGAAGGACGCUCGUGUACAGUGCUGGAUCGAGAACUACCGCAACCUGCUGGACGCCUGGAGGUUCUGGCACAAACGGGCUGAGUUUGACAUCCACAGGAGCAAACUCGACCCCAGCUCUAAGCCUCUCGCUCAGGUGUUUGUAAGCUGUAACUUCUGCGGGAAGUCCAUCUCGUUCAGCUGCUCUGCCAUGCCGCACCAGGGCCGCGGGUUCAGCCAGUACGGGGUCAGCGGCUCGCCCACCAAGUCAAAGGUCACCAGCUGUCCGGGCUGCCGAAAACCGCUGCCGCGCUGCGCCCUCUGCCUCAUGAACAUGGGAACGCCGAUGUCCUCCUGCACAGGUACAGGAAAGUCAGACGAGAAAGUCGACCUGCCAAGAGAUAAAAAGCUCGCUCAGUUCAACAACUGGUUCACUUGGUGCCACAACUGUCGUCACGGCGGCCACGCUGGUCACAUGCUCGGCUGGUUCAGAGACCACAGCGAGUGUCCGGUCUCAGCGUGUACGUGUAAAUGCAUGCAGCUGGACACGACAGGUAACCUGGUGCCUUCAGACAAGAUGUAGUCCUGCAGCGCUCCAGUCCUCGACCCUGAGCAAACAUCCACACCAGGGUUCGGUUCCUACACGCCUUCAUGGUGCCACGUCUACCUCCUCACGUCAAGAUGAACGGACCAGGGUUCUGGUUACACAGAACUAAACACCGCAAAUGUGAAAGCACUCUGUUAUAACGAACCCAACCAGUUUAAGUAUAUUUCCUCAAGCGGUGCAGCAAAAGUGCUUUGUUGUCCCGUGACUCUGCAACACACACACUAACAGGUGUCUUUUCCCUCCGCUGCUUUAGAUCAUGUUUGUGUUUCUCUUCAAGGUAACGUGAUGAGCUGGAAUCAGGCUAGUUGUUUGAGUUUGACACAUGUGUUUGUGUGUGUGUUUUUAAUCUCCUGAUAAAAAAACCAGUCUUGAGUCAAAGCUCAGAUCAGUUCUGUAUCUUCUGUCGCAUUGUGCGUUUGUCCUGUACAGAAACCAUGAACAAGCAUUCGUCUGGUUCAUGCUGGAAUCGUGGAAACUUGUGUGGAAGCUUGAGAGCCGUCAUCUCCAAACGUACUGCACCCCUGUAGAACCAAACAGGAUCUGCUUCAGCACCACUUCAGAUAAACACUGCAAAAUAAUCUCCUGCCAUCUGACGGGGCAAAUUAAACUGACUCGUGGACAUUUACUAUUAAUCAAAAAAUAAUUUAGUUAAUAAAAGUCUGUUUCUAAUUUAAACCCAA